AUGCCUCACCGCCAUUCUGGCUGCAAAUGCCCGGAGGAGGAUAAGACGAAGCAGCCAAACCAGAAAAACCAGCAAAGCAAACAGAACAAUAAGAGGAGGAGGAAAGAAAACUUCCCUGAGCCUCCAGCGGAGAGCCUCAAAAUCGCAUCGGAACAGGAGCUAGGAUUUAGCACCCACAUUGAUUUACUAGUUUUCAAACCAUAUUGCUUAAUGUUUAUAGAUUUUACUACUACUGCAUGCAACCCAUGGUCACGAACAGGACACGCCAACCCGAACUUCUAUGUUAUUUGGUUCCCCAGCGCCGUCAACGUUGGGACAAGGUUACAAGCAGACGAAAAAGGCGCUAAACCGCGAACCCUCGAAUCGAUUCCCGCUACCUUGGAUGCGAAGUUGGAAAGCGGAGAAGCACAAAUGCGAACGAGGAACCAAACCAAGCGCCAUGAAGAAUUCCUGAGCGGCGUGGGUGUUUCAAAGGAGCAAGCGGGGCACGGAGGAGUGGCUGGAUCGGUCCAUGGUGAAGGCUCUAUCAAUGCCAUCUCAGAGGAAGCUGUGGGAAGGCUUCUUAAGAGGGCUAACUCUCGAAAACUUUCAGGGUCUAAUAGAGGCCGCCCUUGGUCUGAAGGUCAUUAUACUUCUUGGGAGUCUAGGGACAAGAUGACAGAGUUGGGUAAUGGUAAAAGAAAGGCUGAUGAGGAGCUUAUGCCUGGAUCCAGUGCAGUAGAUCAUUUUAUUGGUGAUGCAGAUGGAAUCAUGCUGAUGAAAGAUAAACAUUUCGAGAAAAAUGUUCAGUACAAUGUGAAUGAAGUGGACUGGGAAGAGGGAAUGAUUCCUUUUUCUGAAUCAAGAGAUGGAUAUUCUCAUGAACUUGGAAAGGAGUUGACAAUUGAAUUCUCUGAGUCUCCUUCUGCAAAAACGAGGCAUCCUCGCAGGUGUACUGUUGAAGAUAAGGAUUUAGCUGAGGUUGUGCACAAGGUUCAUUUGUUGUGCCUACUAGCACGUGGUAGGUUAGUUGACAGUGCCUGCAAUGAUCCUCUAAUUCAGGCUUCAUUGCUUUCGUUUCUACCAUUGAACUUGUUAAAAAUAGCGGAAGUUUCAAGAUUGACUGCUAAUGAGCUGGGGCCCCUUGUAGAUUGGUUCCGCAACAGUUUUCGUCUUAAAAGUGAAAGUAUUGACCGAGGAUGCUUUAAAUCAAACCUUGCCUUUGCUUUGGAGACUCAGGAGGGGACAAGUGAAGAGAUUGCUGCUCUAUCAGUGGCGUUUUUCAGAGCUCUCAACCUAACAACUAGGUUUGUCUCGAAUAUGGACGUGGCUUCUCUAAAGCCAGAUGUUGACGUGCCUGGAAAUUCAAGCAUUAAUACUCCUCGUUUGAAUACAAAGAUAUCUUCUUCUAUUAGUUCUGUUUCAAGUCCUACUAAAAUCCAUACUCCUGACGAUGAUCAUUUAUCAGAUUCCAGAGAUGAAGCCAUGCACCCUAACACUACAAAUAGUAGCAAGCUCCCCAACUCACCCUGGAAUAAGAACGUCCGCAGAGGCUUAGCUGUUACUAGUAGCUUAAAAGAUGAUAACCAUACUUCAAUGAGCCAAGGUGGUGCUGAGAAUGUAGGUUCUUGUACCACCAAAUAUGAUGAAGGAUCAAAAAGGAAAGGUGAUCUAGAAUUUGAGUUGCAGCUGGCAAUGGCACUCUCAGCUACUGCAACAACAACGAAAAGCCUGGAUAUGGAUGAAUUGCAUAACUCAUCAACUUCCAGUUCCCAUAUGAAAAAAAUGAGGAUCACUAAGACCGGAGAAUCUUUGUUUUCAAGCAGUCGUAGCUCUGGUGCUGUUUGGUCAAGAAAAAAUGGGCCUCCCUUGUAUUGGGCAGAAGUUUACUGUAGUGGUGAAACAGUGACUGGAAGAUGGGUGCACGUUGAUGCCGCUAAUGGUUUAGUUGAUGACGUUGAAAAUGUAGAACCCGCUGCAGCUGUUUGUAAAAAGCCAAUGAGAUAUGUGGUUGCUUUCGCUGGUAAUGGUGCUAAAGAUGUGACUCGAAGGUAUUGCAAGCAUUGGUAUAGGAUUACACCACUACGAAUCAAUUCACAUUGGUGGGAUAAAGUAUUGGCACCUCUGAAGGAGCUGGAGUCUAGCGAAACAGGAGCUAUCGUUCAUUUGGAAGAACUUCAAGAAAAUGUUUCUGAUGUUAUGAAAGAGAGUUAUGAAAUCCAUCAUCCAAAGCCACAGCUCAGUAAAACAUAUGAAGGUUCUGCUUCUCAAGGAGGCCCCGAUCAUGUAAAUAUGGAGAAUAGAGUGGCUUCCAAUCAAAUCAGAGUUGCAAAUGAUAUUCAAACUCCACGUAAAAAACCAAAUCUUUCCACUAGAAAUUCUCUCGAGGAUAUGGAACUGGAAACUAGGGCACUAACUGAACCACUUCCAACCAAUCAACUGGCAUAUAAAAGUCACCACCUUUAUGCGAUUGAAAAAUGGCUGACCAAGUUUCAAACGCUCCAUCCAAAGGGUCCUAUCGUUGGUUAUUGCUCCGGUCAUCCCGUGUAUCCCAGAUCCUGUGUUCAGACAGUACAGACAAGACAAAAAUGGGUACGUGAGGGAUUGCAAAUUAGAGAAAAUGAAAUUCCAGCUAAGGUUAUAAAGCGUUCAAAGAAGACAGAAAAUGAUGAAAUAUUCGAUGUUGGUUUUGCUGAAGAUGGAGAAAAGAGCAUUGAAUUGUUUGGCAAGUGGCAAGUGGAACCGUUGCGACUUCCUCAUGCUGUAAAUGGAGUCGUACCCAAGAAUGAGUAUGGUCGGGUGGAUGUAUGGUCUGAGAAGUGCCUCCCGCAUGGCACUGUGCAUUUGAGGCUACCCAGAUUGGCUACUGUUGCACGGAGGCUUGAAAUUGAUUUUGCAAAUGCCAUGGUUGGUUUUGAAUUCCGUAACGGCCGGUCCUAUCCUGUUUAUGAAGGGAUUGUUGUUUGCACUGAGUUCAAAGAUGCUAUCAUGGAGGCAUACGCUGAGGAGGAAGAGAGGAGAGAAGCUGAGGAGAAAAGGAGGAAUGAAGCAGAUGCUCUUUCAAAAUGGUUUCAAUUACUCUCAUCUAUCAUUACCAGGCAGCGCUUAGAGAGUUCUUAUGCUGGUUCCUUCGCUUCAAAAAACUCGAAUGAUCCUCCUUCCAUCCUCCGUCCUCUUAAUGGCGGCCAAAGUAUGGAGAGAGAAAUCCAAGGAGAUGAUAUAAAAGUUGGUAGAUCGCCUUAUGAAGACUAUGAGCAUGAGCAUGUUUUCUCUUUGGAGAAUCAGAGUCUGGAUGAUGAGAGUUUGGUUCGGACAAAGCGAUGUUCUUGCGGAUUCUCCAUUCAAGUGGAGGAGUUGUAAUAUAUAAAUUGGUAUGAGUUUUGUUCUGAACUAGCAGGAAGCUGCCUAAGCAUGGGAGAUUAAAGCUUCUUUUGGGACUAUUUUCUUAUAAUUUUUAAAGUAGUUUUUUAGUAUAGAAAUUUUCUGAAAAAAAAAAACCUAAAAGAAUGUUUUAAAAAAUUGUAAGAAAGUUGUUCCAAACGAAGCCUGUGACGACUUUCUUUUAGCUUUUUAAAACAAUUUUUUAUUAUAAAAAUUUUAAUUUUUGUAUUAUAAAACUGCUUUAUGAAGCAUUAAGAAAGCCGUCCCAAACGAUGUCUAAGUUAAAUGGAAGAAGCAUCAAUGCUUAGCUUGGAGCUAGUUCUGGUUCAUUUUUUGCUGCAUCCCUCACUUCUAGAAUUUAAUCCUGCUAUAUGAUGUGAUAUGGAGAAAUAAGUAAGGAUAUUCUCAUCAAAUUUGAUCGGAAUGUGUUUUAAACUA